AUGGACUGCAUGCCCAACGGCUCCCUCAAGGAUGCCAUCAACGAGAGGGGGAGGGGGUUCGAUGAGGGGGGUAUCGCUAGGGUGGCUGAGAGGGUUUUAAGGGGUUUGAGGUAUUUGCAUGGGCUGGGAAUUGUGCAUGGGGACAUUAAUCCCUCUAAUUUGUUGGUUGACGAGGGCGGAGAGAUCAAGAUUGCUGAUUUUGGAGCUAGUAGGGUGGUAGUGGACGGGGCCGAAGGCAACACCAUUGAGAGCGCAGAACGAGGAGGAACAUGCGCAUACAUGAGUCCCGAAAGAUUUGACUGUGAGGGAUUCGGCGGCGGAGGAGACGGGGGAGGGUUCGCCGGAGACGUAUGGGCGUUAGGGGUGGUAGUUCUAGAAUGCUAUUUAGGGAGAUUUCCAUUGGUUGGAGCAGGGGAGAGGGCAGAUUGGGCGACAUUGAUGUGCAUGGUGAGGUUCGGUGGGAUGCCGGAGGUGCCGGUGAAGGCAUCGCGGGAGUUUCGAGGAUUUGUGGAGAGGUGUCUUGAGAAGGAGUGGAGGAGGAGGGGUACGGUAGGGGAGUUACUUGAGCAUCCAUUUCUUGAGAUGCGCAGUUCUUCUUGCCCGGUGAUGGAGGGGUUCGCUGGCGAUGGAGGAUAAAAGGAUGAUCAUAAAUUUUGGUAUGAGAUGACGAAUCAUUUUAUGAAAUGAGCUAUUAUGAGGUAAACCGGUAAUGAGACUCAUUCCGCUAUCGAUCAUCUCUUCUAAUAGUUCAUUUUGUUAAAUGAGUUG